UGUGAAUUUUGUUUAAGUCUUAACCAACAAGUUCCUUCCUUUUAUUUUAUUUCUUAAAUGCUUUCUAGGACUUUUCUUUUGCCUCCUUCACAAUCUACUUUAUUGGAUUUUAAUGGAAUCUAUGUCAGUGAAUGAACUGGAAAGAACAAACCCAAUCCACUUCUGUUGCACUAGUUUGGGGAACAAUCUCUUACCAUUCAUUCAUUCACUAACUCUCUCUCUCCUUUUCUUUUUAUUUAAUUUUCCUCUUCCCCUCCUCUCUCACUCUCUCUAAGUUCCAAUCUUCUUGGAAGGCCAACAUCCAACUCCUUUCAAAGAAAUGGCAUCAUCAACCUCAGGAUCAUCAAAGAGAGCCAGAGGAACUCAUAAUGGUAACACUCAACCAGUUUCUUGUCUUGUAGAUGGAUGCAAUUCAGAUCUAAGCAACUGUAGAGAUUACCAUAGACGCCAUAAAGUUUGUGAGCUCCAUUCAAAGACUCCUCAAGUUACAAUUGCUGGCUUGAAACAGAGAUUUUGCCAGCAGUGUAGUAGGUUUCAUUCACUUGAGGAAUUUGACGAAGGAAAGAGAAGCUGUCGGAAACGGCUCGAUGGCCAUAACCGGCGACGGAGGAAGCCUCAGACUGACCUCUUGCCUCGAUCUGCUGCCGGUCCUUUCUCCUAUCAUCAAGGACCCCCGUUGUUGCCAUUUACGAGCUCUCAAGUGUUUCCAUCAACCACCGUGAGUAGCCACGGGUGGUCGUCCGGAGGCAGCGACAACGCAACGGAUCCCGGCGUCCACCACAACCGGAACCCACAACUAAAUUUCUUGGAAAAACAGCAGAGCAUAUUUGUAGAAACAUCCGACCAAACCAACAACAUCAACAACUACAAAGCCUCGCCCCCGUUAGGGCUUUUGCACGGCGGAGGAGGCGGCAGCGAAAGGAACAAGAUGAUAUACGACAGAUUCAGAAUUGGGAUUAAUGAAUCAGAUUGUGCUCUCUCUCUUCUGUCAUCACCACAGACACAGAUUCAGAGUGAUCAUCAGCCACAACAACAACAGCAACAGCAACGUAACGCCGCCAUUUCUUUGCUCCAUCCAUUAAGUACUACCCAUCAAAAUGCUUUCGACAAUUCUUCCGAUACUUCUUCUUCUUCUGUUCAGAUUUCAAAUGACACUCAUCACCAUCAUCACCAUCACCAUCAUCAUCAUCAUCCUCAUGGAGUUCUUAAUUUCUCCGGGAUCUUUGGAAUUUCUUCCGACAAUCCUGGAAAUCAAUCCCCUUCUACUCUUCCUUUUCAUUGGGAGUAGAAAGUAGAAAACCAACCAAAAAUUAUCAUCACUCUCUCUUAAUUUUUUGUUGAUUUCAUUUAAUUCCCAACCCCUCGAUUUUUGUUCUUGUUCUUCUCUUUCCUAUUAGACUCCUCAUUUCCAUUUUUAUUAUAAAAAAAAAAAAAAAAAAAAAACUCUCGUCUUUCUUGCACACUCAUGCAUGAUCUUAUCUUAUAUCUCUACUCAAUUACAAUUUUUAUCUAUUUGGUGACUCUUUUAA